AUGUAUAUUAGAAGGAUAGAUUUAAACAACUUUGCAAAUAUAGUCAUCAAACUGGACAAUUCUGUUGUCAGUUUUUGGAGUGAUAAGUUGUUUAUCUACAUAAAUUUCAUCAUGCACUUAUCAUUUGUAUGAGAAAGAGACAGGGAGGAGUGGUGCGUUGAUUGAUAAAAUUUAUAAAUAA